CGUCACCGUCGGGGAUCGCCGCCCCGCCAGCCCCCGGCGCUGGGCCCUCGACGGGGACCUGGACUCGGGCGUGCUGGAGGCCGACUCCAUGAUCGACGACGUCCGGUUAGCGCCCGACGCCGACCCCGCCGCGCUGGACGUGUCCACGGCCAAGACCAACCGCGGCUUCGCCAUGACCUUGGAGGAAACCGAGCCGGCCUUGGUGACCCCGCGCCGGGGGAGCCCGGCCGGGGAGGCGCCGGAGCCGCCGGAGCCGCCGGCGCUGGACGAGUCGCUGGCCUACGACUCGGUCAAGUACACGCUGGUGGUGGACGAGCACACGCAGCUGGAGCUGGUCAGCCUGCGGCGCUGCACGUCCGUGCUCAGCGACGACAGCGACAUCCUGAGGGCCUGCGACGACGAGGUGGCCUUCGGGGACGGGCUGGUGGCCCCCGACGGGCGCAGCUCCUCCGAGGACUCGUCCCCCGAGGCCGACCUGCAGUUCUCCAAGAAGUUCCUCAACGUCUUCGUCAACAGCACCUCGCGCUCCUCCAGCACAGAGUCCUUCGGGCUGUUCUCGUGCACGGUGAACGGUGAGGAGCGGGAGCAGACCCACCGGGCUGUCUUCAGGUUCAUCCCGCGCCACGAGGACGAGCUGGAGCUGGACGUGGACGAUCCCAUCCUGGUGGAGCUGGAGGAGGACGAUUACUGGUACCGCGGCUACAACAUGCGGACGGGCGAGCGCGGCAUCUUCCCGGCCUUCUACGCCCACGAGGUGGUGGGACAGGCCCGUGACGUCAUCGGCCUGCGGCGGAACCCGCGCUGGCUCGAGCGCUUCUCGGUGCAGUUCCUGGGCUCCGUGGAGGUCCCGUACCACCAGGGCAACGGCAUCCUGUGCGCCGCCAUGCAGAAGAUCGCCACCACCAGGAAGCUGACGGUGCACCUGCGGCCCCCGGCCAGCUGCGAGCUGGAGGUGACCCUGCAGGGCAUCAAACUCAUCCUGAGCGUCACCGAGUACGGCCCCGAGCGCGAGGUCAGCCGGGAUGGAGAAGGGUUGGGGUCACCGGGGGUGGGAG